AUGAGGCUGCAGUUAAAGAGUUGCCUUUUGGCAGCGUUGUUAUAUGCAACCGUUGCAAGUCUUGAAGAUGUGCCCAAGUCAAAAAGAGAUUCCUUAACCGCUACCUUGCAAGUAAGCAAUCUACAAAAGGAUUCAUUCGAAGGGGCCUUCGACUAUAAACUAACAGAAGAUUACGUUGGUUGGCAAGGCACGGCCACUUUCAAUGUCGAUGUCACCAGUGUUAACAUGUAUGAAGGCGACUCCGUCUCCCAUUCAUCAGACGGAAAAACCUGGGUAUUUGUCAACAAGAAUUACAAGUCUGUCUACCCGGCUGGAACCUCAGUGGAUUUCAGGUUUCAGGCCAAGUAUACUGGCUCGGAUCCCAGUGGACAGAUGGUACUGGAGAAUAUGGGUCACGACCCAUGGACUGUGCCCGAAGCUCCUAACACUGACGAUUCCAAGUACAAUUACAACGACAUCAUUUUAAGUCACUGCUCUUCUACGAAGCCCAGAGAUCGGGAAAACUUCCCGCAAACAAACGCAUACCCUGGAGGGGAGACUCGGCCCUCGAUGACAAGGGAGAUAAGGGGGAGGAUCUGA